AUGGUGAACGUUCCGAAGACGAAGAAGACUUACUGCAAGAGCAAGGAGUGCAGGAAGCACACCCUCCACAAGGUCACCCAAUACAAGAAGGGUAAGGAUAGCAUCGCCGCUCAGGGAAAACGCCGUUAUGACCGCAAACAGUCCGGUUACGGUGGACAGACCAAGCCCGUUUUCCACAAAAAGGCCAAAACCACCAAGAAAAUCGUGCUGAGGCUCCAGUGCCAGGGAUGCAAGCAUGUCUCUCAACAUCCAAUCAAGAGGUGCAAGCACUUCGAAAUUGGCGGUGACAAGAAGGGAAAAGGAACCUCUCUCUUUUAG